AUGUCACAAAGCCAUGCUCUUUCAGACGACCAGGUCGCGGGUGAGCUCCGUAAGAUGACUGCGUUCAUCCGGCAAGAAGCCCUCGAAAAGGCCCGCGAGAUCCAGCUGAAGGCCGAUGAGGAGUUUGCUAUUGAGAAGUCUAAGCUUGUCCGUCAGGAGACCGCCGCGAUCGAUACCCUUUACGAAAAGAAGUUCAAGCAGGCCGCCAUGUCUCAGCAGAUCACCCGCUCGACACUCGCCAACAAGACCCGUCUCCGCGUGCUCGGAGGUCGCCAGGAACUACUCGAUGAGCUCUUCCAGACCGCCCGCGAGAAGGUUUCCAAGGUCGCUGCCAACGACAAGAAGAAGUACCAGGAUAUGCUCAAGGGGCUGGUCCUUGAGGGCCUAUACUAUCUCAACGAGGAUAAGGUCGCCAUUCGCUCCCGUAAGAAGGAUUACGAUGUUGCUAAGAAGGCUAUCGAGGAGGCUGCCAAGGAAUACAAGGACAAGGUUGGCUCGGAAGUGACUGUGACCGUGGACGAAUCGGAGCCCUUGCCUGAGGGAUCCGCCGGUGGUGUCGUUAUCGUUGGUGGAAACGGCAAGAUCGAGAUUAACAACAGCUUCGAGGAGCGCCUGCGACUGCUGGAGAACGAUGCUCUUCCUUCGGUCCGACAGUCACUGUUCGGAAAGAACCAGAACCGGAGGUUUUACGAUUAA